CCUUUUCUCAUAUGUAGAUCUUAAAUUCUGCAACUCUUUCGAUCAUACUGUUUGUAUUAGUGUUUAUUUAAAACCAACAUUUUUAGGUUAGUAUUCUUUUUGAGAGUAAACAUAAACAUAUUCAAAGCAAAACUUUAAUUUAAAAUAAAUUUCAACAAUUAAUACUAAGCUAUUAUGAAGCAUAAUGGAUGUCAUAGCUUUACGUUUGAUAUCUUACUCUCGAGUAUAUUUAUAAUCUCUUCCGCGGCUCUCAUUCUAUCCUUGUGUAUUGUUACCUCAGAUCAAAUUCUUUAUUUAUCUAACGAAGAGAAUAUUGUCCUGAAACAGCAUGUCCAGGUUACACCAAUACAUAAUUUGUCUAAUUUUCGUGCAGACAACGUUGAAUCUGCCAAAGAAAAUGAAGUAGUUGUAAUCCCUCAAUUGGAUGCUUCGAUCGGGUUUUUGAGGACGUGUAUAAUCGCUAGCUGCUUCUACCGCAGCAGUUUGAAAGGUCCUGUGCCUUUUGUGGAACGAUUUGUUAGCGAAUCAAAAAAGUUGAAGGUAUAUGACUCAUUUCGUAAUGCCUUGGAAGAGGCAGUGGAUCAAUUGAAUCUAGGCUACGAGUUGCUGACGUUAGAUGUAUCGCAUUCUAGCCACUUCUGCAUUACCUUAAAGUAUGCGCUUGCUAGCAUUGCGAUAGUGGCUCUUUCAUUAUUCUCACUGGGGUGUUCAUCAAUCUCUCUUCUUUAUAUUAUAACGAAAAUUAGAUCGAAUUGGACGGGGUUAACUCAUAUGGAAAGAUCAAGUGGAAUGAAUGAAAGAAUUACCAUAUGUGGGGAUCUCACCUUUUGUAAUGUUUACGAAAUAAAAUCGAGGCUUCGAUACGCACUCUUGAGUGUUAUUGUUACAUCAAAUAUAUUAGCAGUUAUUUUUUCCAUCGGUGCCGUAUCAGCAAGCACAUAUGUAGUGUCAGGUGACACCGAAUAUGGUGCAACCGUAUGCAACUCCUUCAUCUAUUCGAUGAAUAAACUCAGAAGCAAAGUAAAUGUGCUUAACAACGAAGAUCCAACGUCACCUUUGAACAUGUCUAAGUGUUCUCCGGGCAGCACGUUUUGGAUGCUGGUUGCUGAACCCAUACUGUGCAUAUUGGCUAUGGUCUGCACAACUCGACUUUUUUUCUACUACAAGUCAUGUGUAUCUAUCGUGGCACUCCAGCAGCCAAGAGGCUGA